CGCCUGCAGAGGAGAGAAGGAUGAUGGCAGCCAGGUGUGCCCUUCUGCUGCUGUGCUGCAUGAUGCUCCUGCAGGUGGUCGGAGCCCGGUACCUGCUGAGCUGCCCUGAAGGCUGGUCCUACUACAAGCUGAACUGCUUCAGGUAUUUCUCCCAGCACCGCACCUGGGAGGAGGCAGAGGCGCAGUGCCAGAACACCUACUCUGGAGCCCACCUUGCCUGGGUGGAGGAGCCCAAGGAAGCAGCCACGCUGAGCCAGGUCAUCAUGUACUACCAGCGCUCGCAGCCUGUCUGGCUGGGCCUCCACUACCUGCGGCAGAGCCGGGACUGGCGCUGGACCCACGGGGAGAAGUACGAUGACCUCCCAACGGUUCCUGGGAAUGGUGCCCAAGGAGGAAGCUGUGCCCUGCUGACCCGGAGCAGCAGUUUCACCGUGUGGUCCAGUGCUGACUGUGACCGACAGCACCACUUCAUCUGCAAGUUCACACCCUCACAAUGAGCACGGCCCCGUGCCCCCAUGCUCUUCUCACCCCACCUCCGCGCUCAUCCCUCUAUCUCUCAAAAUUACAUCUAUAAACAGAGAAGCAUGUGAGCAUGGUGUGCGUCCUGUGCAAAGUCCCCUGCUGUUCUGCCUGCUACUAGUGCAUGUGGAGACCUGUGGGGAAAGGAGGGUGUGGGGACAGGUCCCAGGAGUUGCAGGGCUAGGGCAGGUAUGCAGGGAUGGUGAUGUGUGAUGAGGGGUCCCUGCGUGGAGACCUGGGAGAUGGGAGUGGUUCCCAUGAACCUACAGCUCUGAGGGGCUGUGUUGACAUCAGCAAUGGGGGCCAAAGGUCCCUCGUUGUGUCACUGCAGUGCGGCUCUGUGCAUCACGUGUCUGUUUGCUCUGCUGUUUUGGAGAUGGCUGUGCCUCCACCCAGCUCAUUUUUGUGCCCCGGAGCAGCCAUACAUGAAGAAUGACAUGUCCCAGGUGGCAUGGGUGGCACAGGGCACUCUCUGAUCUGUGCUGGGGGGUCACACAGCACAGUGACAGUGGGCUCUGCUGUCACCAUCACCCCCCAGCUCAGCGCCGAGCCGUCACCUGGUGGCACUGAGCCCACCCCAAUGCUCAGCCCUGGCUCCACGCAUCCCAAAAUGCUGGGACACCAGCCGCAGCCAUCUCACUGGUUGUGCCCUCCAAAUACAGUACUUGCUGCACUGUCCCUG